GACCACUAGUUGGGGACUGAACAACCAAUAAUAUCCAUUUAACAUAUAUUUGUUGUUGGUCUUGAGUGCAGAAACUACUGUAGUCUAUCAUUCACUUUUUAUAUGGAAAUAUUUAACAUUGGAACGAUCAAUUUGUUUAUCCAUUUUAAAGGAGCUUAUUUAUGAAACCCCACAAAUAAAAUAACAAACACACACAAAAAAAGUAAUUAGUAUCAUGUAUAUAUGAUUUAAGAAUAUAUUUAUUCGCAUAUUUGUAAAUAGACUUAUUUUUUAAAUAUACUACAAAACCACGUGAGAUAAUAUUUAAAUAUACAUAUAAGUCUUAUUUUAAUAGUACAAUUAGUUACCUUAGUAAAAUUCAAACAAGCAACAAGUCAAUUGUGCCCUAACUUUACAUCAGCCGCAUGGAAACCUGAAAUAUGUGUCAGUUGAACACUGCGGCAAAUACCUAGCAAAUGAUUCAGUAUAUUUAUUAUUCUUAUUAUUUCCUACAAAAUUUCGUUGCAGACAAGAAUAUACAUACUUAUGUAUGGUACUUUCGAAAUAUUGCAGAGAAUAAGUUCUCAUUGAGGCAAUAAGAAAAUAAUUUCCUUUGAAAAACUCUCAGUUAUAGAUUAUUAGUUUUUUACACCUUGCAGUCACAGCCGAAAUGCACGAAUACCCUCGGAAUUAAUAUGAAUGGAAGCUAGUUGGGAUCAAUGUGUAAACAAAAAUUAUAGUUCGUAGAUACAUGAAUAUUAAGAACAAACGUAAUAUAUUAUUUUGUAUAUGUGUUUUGUGCAACGAGAGAGAAAGUUUCGAUGACUGAGCAAUGCUGGACAGGAAAAUGUUUUUAAAUACAUUUGCUGUUAGUUGCGUUCGGCAUACGAGAUCGAUCAGAUCAGGACAGUUGGAUGUGCGCUCAAAAGUAUUUUUCGAUAAUGUUAAUGUGCAACACGUCGCGCUCAUGUCUAUUUUUGGUUUUUAAAUUUAUAGACAAUUUAUACAGAUUGUGAUGAAGCACUAGAAUGUGUAAAUUUAAUACUGACAGUUUAUAGAUUAACGUAUUUGAAAUAAUUUAAAAUCAAGCAACAGCUUUGAUCUUACGCCGUGAGCUAAUUAUAUAAUGGUGAAUUAAAUCAGGUGGAUGACACUACAGUGUGCCUUUUGACGGUUACGAAAUCCAAAAUGUCGAAAUCUGUGCGAAGUUCGCGUCACAACAGUCGCGCCGGAUCCUCGAAUUCGUCCUCCUCACCCAGCAACCCACCGCGAAAGCGUGUCAAACGCUGUUGUCGUAAUUUCGUCACUUUUAUGUGUACGCAAGUGGGUGUGGGCGCCUUAAUUGUACUGUAUGCUAUCUUCGGUGCUCUCUCCUUCAUGCAUAUAGAGCGAGAAUACGUUGACGAGACGACAACCUAUGUCAGUGAUUUGCGGCAUAAUUGUGCAGAGAAAAUGUGGAAUAUCACUGAAAAGUUCAAUACUUUUGAUCGGAGCGAAUGGCAAAACAAUACUUUAGAUAUAUUACGCCAAUAUCAAACAGAAAUCGCCAUAUUAAUUAAAAAUGGUUAUGUUGGACGUACACCAGAACAAAUUUGGUCCUUUCCGGCGGCGUUAAUGUUCUGCUUAUCGGUCAUUACAAUGAUCGGUUAUGGUAAUAUGGUGCCACGUACAACGUGGGGCAAAGGUUUCACGGUCAUUUAUGCAACUUUCGGCAUACCUCUUUACAUACUAUACUUCCUUAAUAUGGGGAAAGUACUGGCGCGUUCAUUCAAGUUCCUCUAUCGCAGCUUACAUGAGUGUGCGCAGGAGCGUACAAUCUAUGAAUCUCGUUUGGAUGCACUCGAAAAUGGUAGUUUAAGUGCAUUUCAACGGAAAAAAAUUAUUGUGCCAUCGACGGCGUGCCUCUGGGUAAUAAUAUUUUAUAUUAUAACGGGCACUAUUAUGUUUGCGAAUUGGGAGAAAUGGUCCUUUCUGAACUCAUUCUAUUUCUGCAUGACAUCUUUGUGCAAAAUUGGUUUUGGUGAUUUUGUGCCUGGUGCAUCAUUGAUAACAGCGGCUGACAUAGAUGCAGCAUCACUGAAAAUAAGAGAAGAUGCAUCUGCAGAUCCAGAUGAUUUGUUCAAUAUGCAACUAAUUACUGAUCAAAAUUCGAAAUUGGCUAUUAAUUUUUUCUAUAUGCUAAUAGGCAUGGGUUUGGUCUCCAUGUGCUACAACUUGAUGCGGGAAGCGGUACGCAUGAAAAUAAAAGAGAUAAAAGAGGAUACGAAGUUAUGCUUGGAGGAUACGCGCGCACGUUUUAUGGGAUGUUGUGGAACACGAGAAUACUACGACGAAGACUACUAUUAA